AAUUCCGCUUCAGUGGUGGUAGUGGAUAAUCAUAUUUGACGCUUUGAUUUUUGAAUUAUCUAAAUAUUAAAUAAUUUGAAAAAACUAUUAUUACUUGUGCAGUUAGGUAUCUAGAUAUUUCGUUUUAAUCAGUAAUGUAUCUGCCACUACUGUUGCUGCUUUUCGGAGCAGCAUACUGCGAUCAUCAUGAACGGACCAACAUGUUGCCAGGACAUACCACCAUCGUUCAUCUGUUUGAAUGGAAAUGGACCGACAUAGCUGACGAGUGUGAACGAUUCUUAUCUCCUAAAGGAUAUGGCGGCGUGCAGGUUUCGCCACCAUCAGAGAAUAUAAUAGUACGUAAUAGCGAUGGUACACGACCUUGGUAUGAGCGUUACCAGCCUAUAUCAUACAUCAUCGGUACGCGGUCGGGCAAUCGAGAUGAAUUUCUUAACAUGACCAGGAGAUGCAAUAAAGUUGGUGUCAGGAUCUACGCAGAUGUAGUAGUGAACCAUAUGACUGGCAACAGUCAGACCAAUAUUGGUACAGCAGGCAGCAAGGCAGACCCCGAACAUUACACUUAUCCAGCUGUGCCGUACGGUCCUGAGCAUUUUCACCAACCGCAUUGUGGAAUCAGUAACUAUAAUGAUGCUACCCAGGUUCGUAACUGUGAGCUGAACGGUUUAAAAGACUUGAAUCAGACCGAGGAGUACGUCCGUGACAAAAUAGUCAACUACUUCAAUGACCUAAUUAGUCUUGGAGUGGCGGGUUUGAGAGUGGACGCAGCCAAACACAUGUGGCCAAAUGACUUAGCCGCGAUCUAUGGCAAACUUAAUAAUCUAAACACAGAAUUUGGGUUCCGUCCUAACACGAAACCUUAUAUAUUUCAAGAAGUUAUUUAUCACGGUAAUGAAGCUAUUCAGCCUCAAGAAUAUACUGGUUUGGGUGAUGUUACGGAGUUUCGGGUUGGGACGGAGCUAAAGAGAGUAUUUCGCGGUCAAAACCAAGCAAAAUGGCUAGUAUCGUGGGGUGAGCAAUGGGGUCUGUCGCCGAGCGACACUGCACUUACAUUUAUCGACAACCACGACACUCAGAGAGACAACGAUGUUCUCACUUAUAAGGAAUCGAAGGCUUAUAAGGCCGCGCAAGCAUUCAACCUUGCUCACCCCUACGGCCAGCCUCGAGUGAUGAGCAGCUACUUCUUCGAUAAUAACCAACAGGGCCCUCCGAGUGACAGUAAUGAGGCUAUUCUGUCUCCAACUAUUAACGCGGACGAUACCUGUGGUAAUGGCUGGGUGUGCGAGCAUCGUUGGCGUCAAAUCUAUCAGAUGGCUGCCUUCAGGAAUACGGCUGGUAACACCAAUGUAACCAACUGGUGGGACAACUCGAACAACCAGAUUGCUUUCAGUAGAGGCAACAGAGCGUUUGUAGCUUUUAACUUGGAGAAUAAUGAUCUGGUUCAAGUUUUGCAGACUGGGCUGCCAGCGGGCAAUUAUUGUGACGUCAUAACGGGAUCUAGGGAAGGCACCUCAUGUUCCGGCAACGUGAUUACCGUGGACAACGAUGGACGUGCCAACAUUGUCAUUAGAGCUAAUGCUGAAGAUGCUGUACUUGCUGCACACGUGGGACCAGAGUCCUCACUGCAGGCAGUUGUACCACCACCUAGUAGACCAAGACCACCGAGAUCUAUUUCAGGCGAUAGAGUACCUGAUUAUCGAACUGAAGGACCACACGGAGGAUUUGUUAGUCCACGUGACCCAAGCGCCCCUGUAGGACUGGGAGGUCAAAUCAGACCUGAAAGACCAGGAGGUCCAGCUAGUAAUGAAGGUCCAGAAGGUUCCAGAUGGCACUUUUACGCUGGCGGUAGUAGAACCGGUAGAUCAAUACCUGAAAAUACACAACCAGGACUGGAUGACCUAAAUAGUCAGGCUGAAGAACAGGCUAGUGAAGAAAAUUCUAGACGAUACUCUAAUUAUCAUCACCAUGGUGGUAGAUCAGGUAGGUCCGUGUCAGAAAAAUCACAGACAUCGGAACAAUCUGCACAAAAUUACCAACCUGCAUCUAAGGAAAAUAAUGUUACACAAAACGAAGAAGAAAAUAAGGAAACCCAAGACAAGAAAGUUCAUAUUCAUUUGUUCACUUUCGGUAAAUAAUAUUAUGUUAUUAAAAAAACAAUCACAUUGCUAAAAUGUAUAUUAGCAAAUUAAGACUAUAAUGUUGUACAUUCAUUAUGAAAAUACGUAAAUAAAUUAUAUCAAUUACUAUCCC